GCGCCGGCGCAGUGCGCAGGGACUUGCCCACGUGAGGCGCUGCUCAGGGGCUGGCGGGAGGCGCUGCGCCAGCCAGGGGAGCCGGCGGCGGCGGGGGGCGGAGCUGGGGGCGCUUUGCUGCGGCCGGGAUGCGCUGGACGACAACGAGGGACAGAGCUGCCCUUCGAGAUCAUAAUGCAGCAGAAAAAUGAAAGAACAUAGAAGAAAUUUAAAUUGGAAAAGAAGUCGAUUGCUGUUCCUUUCUAGAAGAUGGACCACUGGAUUUUGGGGGCUCAGGAAAUACUGCUUCCAAAAGAAGCAUUUUUUCCUAGCUAAGAGAAAAAGACAAAGUGCUCAAUCAGUUGUGAGCCUAAACCGGAACAAAGUGUACCGAUCUCUCCAGUGCAGAAGGAAGGCACUCAGACUCCAGAGUGAGUGGGUUCCUGAAGUGCUUCUAAAUGCAAAAAACCGUCAAAAACCAACUGCUGAACACAGCACCUUUUCUACAAAAACGUCCAGAAGGGCAAAAAAGCCCUUUCCCGAUGGCAAAACUGGAAACCCAUGUGCACAGGCAAUAGAGAAGUUGGACAAUGAAUCCUUUCAGGGUGAAGAUCUCUUGAACAGAGUCACUGGAUUACAAGAAGACGUUAGUCUUAGCUGCAUGCACGGCAAUGACAACAGUGCCUUUUGUGGUGGGCUGUGCGAUGCUAUCUUACCUGUAAAGAAGGAAGGUUUCAUACCUAGUGGAGAGGAACGCAAUAAUGAUGAAGGCAAUUCCGUCUUAGUAGUCUUAAACAAUUGUAAAAGAAGGUGUUGCAGAGGGCUAGAGCAGAAUGGAACUUGUGCCCCCUUGACUACUAAAAAGAGGUCCAAAUUUAACCAAUAUACUGUAAAAAAGAUACCUGUAUUUAUGAUGCAUAAGAAACUUUCUAUGAUUAGGUUUCGGGAUAGAAUCAUAAAAUUCCCAAAACUUAGAGCAAGAGGCAAAACCUGCAAAUCAAGUAAAAUCAAGCCAAGCUGGGUGGAGAAAGUUUCCAGGGACUGUCAAGAGAAUCUUCAAGGAGAUUUUGAAGGUGGAUUUUGUAACUGGUUUUCCUGCUGGAAAUCUAAAAAUAACUCCUUUUGGAACCUGUACAGCUCAUCAGAUAUGAACAAUAAUACACCAGGACCUGUAGCUGAGGAGAAUAAAACACCUGCAUCUGACAUCUGCCUUACACAGGAUGCAUUACAAUGUGAUGAGCUACAUACCGAGGAACCUGCAUCCAGAGAUGGCAGUGUUAAAAUCUGCCAACCAGAGCUGCACAAAACAGCUCCUUUGGGUACAGAGACCUUGCAUGGGACGGAAACAAAUGAGGCUCCUGCAGUGGACAGUUGCCAUGAGGAUCUUUUCCUCUCAGUAACAGAGAGAGAAAUUGCAAUUUCAGGUCAAGAAGAUGCAGAAUCUAAUCAGGUUAUGUGUGUUGAUGAAAUGAUAUUGUUAGAAUCCUGCCAGGAGGAUUCACAUAUGAACAAUAACCUUGCAAAUGGACCUUUUUCGGCGGAGCUGGCACAAAAUGAAGACAGCUCUUCCCAGAUGGAAGUUGAAGGCUCCAUUAAUCUGGACAUUUUUAGUGCAAAGUUACUAGAUCACCCUUACUGUAAAAGCCCCCUAGAGGAGCCUUUGCCAGAAAGCACAGGACUAAAAUCAGGAACUCGAAAGGGAGGCAGAAGGAACAGUCAGAAAGUUUCUCGUGUGGCUGAUGAGCAGUUAUCAACAUGGAUUUGUGGAUUCCUAGAUGAAGUGAUGAAGAAAUAUGGCAGUUUAGUUCCACUCUGUGAAAAAGAUGUCAUGGCAAGAUUAAAGGAAGUGUUUAAUGAAGAUUUCUCCCAUAGAAAGCCUUUUAUCAGCAGGGAAAUCCUGAAGUAUCGGACAAGGCAUCCAAAAUCUUCCACUUGCAAUUUCCGGGUCUUCUAUAACAAGCACAUGCUAGAUAUGGAUGAUCUGGCUACACUGGAUGGUCAGAACUGGCUUAAUGACCAGAUUAUUAAUAUGUAUGGUGAACUCAUAAUGGAUGCAGUCCCUGACAAGGUUCAUUUUUUUAACAGCUUUUUUCAUAGACAGCUGGUAACCAAAGGAUAUAAUGGUGUAAAACGAUGGACUAAAAAGGUGGACUUGUUCAAAAAGACUCUCUUGUUAAUUCCAAUUCACCUGGAAGUCCACUGGUCCCUCAUUACUGUGAACAUCCCUAACCGAAUUAUUUCAUUUUACGAUUCCCAAGGCAUUCAUUUUAAAUUUUGUGUAGAGAACAUACGAAAGUAUUUACUGACUGAAGCAAGAGAGAAGAAUCAUCCUGAGUUUCUUCAGGGAUGGCAAACUGCUGUUACAAAGUGCAUUCCACAACAGAAAAAUGACAGUGACUGUGGGGUUUUUGUGCUCCAGUACUGCAAGUGCCUCGCCUUAGACCACCCUUUUCAGUUCUCCCAGGAAGAUAUGCCACGCGUAAGAAAAAGGAUUUACAAGGAGCUGUGUGAGCGCCAGCUAAUAGAUUAACAAUAAAAAAACGAAAAGAAGAAAAGUUGAACUGUUUCUCUGGCAUUUGUGAAGAGUUCCAGCUGGUGUUUGUGUACUUGAAUUUCUGAAAACUUCCGUGAAUUUCAACUGACUCGCAGCUGAGUGGUGUGGCCACUGUUACCUCAACUUUUUCUGCUCUUUCCCUGGCAGGACUUAACAGAGCUGCCCCAAAAUAUUCCUAAUGUCAGUUUGGUUUCCUCUUUUAUUUUCUUUCCUGUAUUUAAUAUUUAUUAUCUACGCAUGCACAUAGGCAAAGCAUGCGACUAAAAAAAAAAAAAGUAUCGAAUUGUAGAUUUGGUGCACCUUUGAAAUGUAGCUAGAAAUGACAGAAUACAGGUAAAAAAUUUGUCUGAAAACAUAAAGAUGCAUGAUCCGUUUUCUGACGCAAUAAUGCUUUGAAUGUAUCAAAACCUUUUCAAUGCCAUAAAAAGAGCAGCUAAACCUUUUAUUUGAAAACUCAAAUUAUUCCAUUUUUCUCAUUGGCUGUGUAGUACUGAAUCCCCACUUUUUGGGGGGGUGGGGACAGGGGUGGAUAAAUCCGCCUAUAGAUUUUAUUUGUGGAGACCCCCUUUGAAUAGAGUUGAAGUCACUAAUAAAAAAAAAAAAAUUGUUCUCUGUUAACGUUUAGCUAGCUGUCGUUAUCCCCCCUGUUCCCUGUGGUUGGAAAGCAACCUUUGCACAAAUGAGACUUCGGCACUUGACUGUAUAAUAAAACAUGGAGAUAUUCA